GCAGGUGUCCCCUGAACCCUGUCAGGUCUCUGUGGGACUUCAGCUUUCAGGGGCUCACUGCUACUGUGCCCGAAGCUCCAUGGCCACGCGCCUGUUCCUCCUGGCCAUUUUCCUGCUGCUGCCACAACCUGUCCCUGCUCCCUGCUACACUGCCACUCGGUCAGAAUGCAAGAAAAAGCACAAGUUCGUGCCAGGUGCAUGGCUGGCUGGGGAAGGUGUGGAUGUGACCACCCUCCGCCGCUCCGGCUCCUUCCCAGUGAACACACAGAGGUUCCUGAGGCCUGACCGCACCUGCACCCUCUGUAAAAAUGCCCUGAUGCAAGAUGCUAUACAGCGCCUACCCCUGACAAUCGCCCACUGGCGGCCUCACGGCUCAGGCUGCAGUCGUAAAGUGACCACAGCCAAGGCCACCUCCACAGAAGGUGUGGCCCGGGAGGCAGCUUCUAACAUCAAUAAUGACUGGCGUGUGGGGCUGGAGGUGAACCCCAAGCCUUCAAUAAACAUGCAAGUGUCCAUGGCUGGCUCCCAUUCCAACGCAGCCAACUUUGCAGCCGAGAAGGCCCAUAAGGACCAGUACAACUUCAAUACUGACACAGUAGAGUGUCACCUGUACAGCUUUCGCCUGAUACAAAGACCCCCGCUGCACCCUGAUUUCAGAAGGGCACUCAGGGACCUUCCCCCCAACUUUAACACCUCCACACAGCAUGCUUACCACAGGCUCAUCUCCUCCUAUGGCACCCACUUUAUUACGGCGUUGGACCUAGGGGGCCGCAUCUCAGUUGUCACGGCCCUGCGUACCUGUGAGCUGAGCCUGAAUGGGUUCACAGCUAAUGAGGUAGCGGACUGCCUGAACGUGGAGGCCCAGGUCAGCAUCGGCGCCCACCUCAGUGCCUCAAAUGAACUCAAAGCUUGCGAGGAGAAGAAGAAGCAGCACAAAAUGACCACCUCUUUCCACCAGGCCUAUCGUGAGCGUCACGUUGAGGUGGUUGGUGGCCCCCUUGACUCAACACAUGACCUGCUGUUUGGGAACCAAGCUACACCUGAGCAGUUCUCAACGUGGAUAGGCUCACUGUCCGGCAGGCCUGGUCUAGUGGACUACAGCCUGGAGCCCCUGCACAUGCUGCUGGAAGAACUGGACCUGAAGCGCGAGGCACUGAGACGGGCUAUCAGCCAUUAUGUGAUGAGCAGGGCUCGCUGGCGAGACUGUAACCGGCCCUGCAGGCCAGGCCAGCAUAAGAGUGCUCGUGACUCGUGCCAAUGCGUAUGCCACGAUUCGAAGGUCAUCAACCAGGACUGCUGUCCACGCCAGAGGGGCUUGGCCCGUCUGGUGGUGACCAAUUUCAAGGCAAAGGGUCUGUGGGGAGACUACUUCACAGCCACUGAUGCUUAUCUGAAGGUCUUCUUUGGUGGCCAAGAGCUUAGGACCAAUACAAUAUGGAAUAAUAACAACCCCAAGUGGGCCGACAGGCUGGACUUUGGGGAUGUGCUCCUGGCCGCAGGGGGACCCCUGAGGGUACAAGUCUGGGAUGCCGAUCACGGUUGGGAUGAUGACCUUCUUGGUUCUUGUGACAAGUCUCCCAACUCUGGUUUCCAUCAGGUGCAUUGUGGCCUGAACCACGGCAGUAUAGAAUUCCUCUACCAUGCCAAGUGUUUGCCCCAUCUCACGGGAACGACCUGCCUGCAGUAUGCCCCCCAGGGGCUUCUAGGAGACCCUCCAGGAAACCGAAGUGGGGCUGUAUGGUAAAACUAACACGCCUGAAAGCUGGGCAGUGGUGGCGUGUGCCUUUAAUUCCAGCACUUGAGAGGUGGAGACAGGCAAAUAGCAUGCCUAACCUUAACAAC